GCACAUUUCUACCGACUUUUUGCCGAACAUGGCAACGGUGUUCAACGGCAAGUGGUGGAUGCGUACACAGAAUUUACAAACAUCUGGUGUUUGUUGUUGUGCACAGUGAAUUUGUUGCAAGUAUUCAAAAAUGUUUUCAGGUUGUUUUAGCGGCAAUUAUAGCAUUGUUAUCAUUGAUAGACAAUUUUCAAAGACAAUGGGACGUCGUAAGUGCAUUCUUUGUGGAGUUAGCAGUGAAAAAACUGAGGCAACCUUCCACAGUUGUAUAAGAAGCAAAGGAGGAUACAGCAGUAAUCCUACCUCGAAGCAGUUUCAGAAUAUUUUAAAAAAAUUAUUACUUCAUACUGAAAUAAGUGGCAAUGAAGCAUCCAAUGUCGUGGCAUUAGAUAGCACAUCCAUUUUGCACUGUUCAUCAUCAUCAGAGAUCAAAAUUAGUGAGGAUAUGACCUCAUCAUCAAACAGUAUAGAGGAAGAUGAAGAUUUUAUACAAUUUAAAAACUUUCUUCGAAUAAGUCCUUGGUAG